UACACUGCAUUGUAAUGUUCCUGUUGUGAAAUAGAUAGAACAUGUCAGACAUGUCACGGUGUGGUUGUAAAGGAAUUCGUUCUUGUCUGUUAUGCGAACAAGAGAAGCAUAAACAAAAUGAGAUAAUUAAGUGUUUCAAAAACAUCCACUACUUUUGUGACAUCUGCGAUAAAGCCUUUGAAGAGAAUAAAAGCAAACAUCCAAAUCACCAUGGAAACUAUAUGGAAUUUCCAGGAAUCUUUAUUCAGAGAGACUUCAUUUCACUUGAAGAGGAAUCCAACAUCUUUGAAAAGAUCUAUGAAAACCAUUUUGUUGAAUCUCAAUCUGGAAGGCGAAAACAGGAUUAUGGUCCAAAAGUGAAUUUCAAACGAAAGAAAGUGAAGCCAGAUGUUUUCACAGGACUACCAAAAUUUAGUGAAUUUAUUUAUCAGAGAAUGAAAUCACUGGAAAUUUUAGAAGACUUUGAACCUGUAGAACAGUGCAACCUUGAGUAUGUCCCAGAAAGGGGGUCUUCUAUUGAUCCACAUUUUGAUGACUUCUGGUUGUGGGGAGAGAGGCUGGUGACCUUGAACUUGGGAUCAGACUCGGCACUUUGUAUGACAUCAUCAGACUACCCCAAUACAAGUGUUCAUGUGCCCCUGUUUCGUAGAUCUUUGACUGUGGUGUAUGGCCCCGCCCGACAUGCAUGGAUGCACGGAAUUCACAGAUGUGACAUCACAGACAGAAGACUUGCUAUUACUUAUAGAGAAUUGUCAGCAGAAUUUCAACCUGGGGGUGAGAAAGAAAAGGUUGGGAAGUCAUUGCUGGACAUUGCUAUGACAUUUGAAGGUGUCCCCAUCGCUUCUUUGAAACCAUAACAUUUACCAAGUUAAGGGGGUGUAACUUAUGAGAUACAAAGUGUUUGAGAAAAUGUUUAUAAAAAUGUGUGUGAUGCACAGAUAAAAUAUAUAACUACAUG